AAUAUCAAUACACUCUCUACUACUCUCUCGCUAGCCACACUCUAAUUCACUAUCCAACAAUCAACCAACUUAUAAAAAUUCAGCCCACUUUCAUUUAAUUCUCUCUCAAUUACAAUUACUUCCUCUCAUCAUCAUCAUCGCCUUCUCCGUCCACAAUUCCAACCUUAUUAGCAGCAUACAUGUUCUCUUCCACCUCUCUCCUUCUCUACUCUUAAGCAUAUUCUUUGUUUGUUUCUCUGUUUCUGCAUCAUUUUUUAUAAUCUCAAACUGUAACAUAAUUUCAAACUGUGAUAACAAAGAAUGGUGUGGUUCAAAGAUGAUGGUAUGGUGUAUAAGCCACUGGAAGAACUCGAUUUUAGUCCUACCAGCAAUGAAACGUACAUUAAAUCGCAUGUCAAAGCUCCUCGUAUGACUGGGAUUAUCAUUAAGAUCUUUACAUGGCUUUUGGAAAUAAGGGGUUUUGGUUCUUCUGUCUUGUAUAUAUUGAAGAGAGACAACCUUAUUCACAAGCUUGUCUCUUUCGCAAAGUUGAAGGAGCCACCUGCAUUUGUACCCUCUUAUCCUUGGAACGAUCUCAAUGAGCAAGAAGUAAAGUCGAUCCGACCUGAUUUAUCCCCUCUUCAGCAAGUUGAAGAAACCAUGGACUGCUUUCCUUCAUGGGAAAAGGCAAUACUAAACUCUGAAUGUAGUUUUCGGCGUUGGACUAUUCAAGAUUAUUCAAGGUCUUACGCUUCAGGAGAAACAACUCCUCUAACGGUAGCCAAGCGUCUUCUUGCUGUUAUUCAAGAAUCUUCUAUGCCCCCCUUACGAAUGUCAUUCUUUAUCAACUACAAUGCUGAGGAUAUUCUAAAGCAAGCUACUGAGUCAACUCUUCGGUAUCAAAACGGUAAACCAUUGUCAAUUCUGGAUGGCGUACCAAUUGCAGUUAAAGAUGAAAUAGACUGCUUGCCAUAUCCAACUACGGGAGGUACCAAAUGGAUGCACAAAAUUAGACCAUGUAUAGAGGAUGCAUGUUGUGUGAAGCACCUAAGAUCAUGUGGUGCCAUAAUUAUUGGAAAAAGCAACAUGCACGAGCUUGGUGUUGGAACAAGUGGCAUCAAUCCCCAUUAUGGGGCUGCUAGGAAUCCUUAUGAUAUCAAUAAGAUCUCCGGUGGUUCUUCUAGCGGAUCUGCCACACUGGUCUCUGCAGGAUUGUGUCCAGUUGCACUUGGUGUUGAUGGAGGAGGUUCUGUCCGUAUGCCUGCUGCUCUUUGUGGUGUUGUUGGUUUCAAACCAGGAUUCGGCCGUGUGUCUCAUUCAGGUGUUCUUCCUCUGAACUAUACAGUAGGAAUGGUUGGUGUAUUGGCAGCCACAGUUGAAGACGCAUUUAUUAUAAUAUUACGCUUAUUCAGUUAUGCAGCUAUAAGCAGCAACAGUCUGUCAGAUCACCCCGUUUCUUUACAGCCUAAAGUAGAUUUCCCACUUUUGAAGUUUACGAACUCAAUUUCUAAUAUCAAAAUGGCGAAGUAUGGGGAGUGGUUUAAUGAUUGCAAAGAUGAAAUAAAAAACUGCUGCUAUGAUGCCCUGGACUUGCUUAGCAAGACUUACGGGUGGAAGACUGUGGAGACAACCAUACCCGAAAUUGAAGCGAUGCGUCUCGCACACUAUAUAACAAUUGGUUGUGAAUGUAAUGCUUCACUGAACUCUCAUUCAGAGAAGAUUAAGCGUUCAGAGUUAGGUUGGGACGCAAGGGUAGCACUUACUGUAUAUGCCUCAUUUAGCAGCGGAGAGUAUUUGAAUGCCCAGCGAGUUAGAAAUCGUCAUAUGCAAAUUUAUGCGAAGAUCUUUAAGUCUGCCGAUGUAAUUGUCACGCCUACAACAGGUGUCACAGCAUAUCCAAUUACAAAAACUGCUAUAAAAUAUGGCGAGUUUGACUACCAUAACGGAGCUGCACUUGUACGGUAUCAAAUACUGGGGAACUUUCUUGGACUGCCUGCGGUGACAGUUCCGGUCGGAUAUGACAAAUUUGGGAUGCCAAUUGGUUUGCAAUUCAUUGGGAGACCACAUUCUGAAGCGACUUUAAUCCAUAUAGCUUUCGCGAUGCAGAGUUUGUGCAUCUCAAGCUACAGAAAACCACAGGUUUUCUAUGAUUUGCUUGGUAAAGAUGCAGUACGAGGACCAACAAUAAUGGAAGGACAUCAAAACAUGCUUAUGAUGCCUUCAACUUGAUUUACUUGGUUAUGCAAUUCAAUCAGUGUAAAGAGAGAACUUAUACUUUGGUUAGUCUUUGGCGUUUGCAGCAUUGGUGGCUUAUAUAUAAUUCCUACGCCAUAUCUAGCUGGUUAGUACACAGGAAUAAGUACUUGAAAUUUUGAAUUUCUAAAAACUUCACACGGCACUUUUGUUAUUUCAUUCUUCAACUGGCAGUUUUUCUUGUCCUUCAGAGUUUAGACAUCGAUAAAAAAAAUAUUGAUCCAUUAUCCUCGACUGUUUGUGCUAUGAAUUGAGGUUUUAACCAAAGAGGAGAAGAGAUUUAGCAACA